GUAUCAUUGCCAUUGCCGUUGCCAUUGCGAUCCUCAUGUCUAAGAUCAUGUCAGCACCUACACUUCAUCAUUUCUCUUCUCUCUUCACCCUUUUCAUAGUUUUGCUUCACCACUCCAACGCUGACGUUGGCACCGCUUCUCGUUACUCCCCUCCAUAUUUACCAUCCGGGUGCUACGGUACCGAAGCGACGCAGUUUCCGUCGAGCAAUCUUUUUGCGGCGGCGGGAGAUGGAAUAUGGGAUAACGGAGCUGCGUGUGGGAGGCAAUACCUAGUGAGGUGUAUAAGUGCGGAGCAACCUAGGACUUGCAUUCCAGACCAGAGUAUUCAGAUUAAAAUUGUUGAUUACGCUGCCACUGCCGUGUCGCCGGCUUCCGCCGGCGGCACCACCAUGGUUCUUUCCGAUAAGGCUUUCGGGACUAUAGCUAACAUGUCUGCCACCUUGAUCAACAUAGAGCUCCAACAAGUGUGAUAAAUCUGGUAAUUAAUUGCUACAUUCCGUCUUCGAGAGUGAAGUUGCCCUAUCUUCAGUUUGAUUGGUGAAUGAUUUGUUUUUGUGUCUGGAGUUGGGAAAUUCAAUUAUUGUUGUUAUUAUUUUGAGAAAGCGUGUGUGUGCAAAUUCGUAGUUUUUGCUUUAUUUUUUAUUUGGGAAUUUUCCGAGAGGCUGCAGUGUUUUUGGGUGUUUGUAAUCGAAAGGAAAUUUCCUGGAUGCUCUCUGGCUUUGAAUGAUUCUUUGCCCGCCCAUGAUUCUUCUUCACCAAUAAUACUAGUAUCAUGUUAAUUAAA